GCUGAGGUGGCCAAAAAAAAAGUAGCAAGAGAAGAGAUACAUUUUCAGGAUCUCACCAUCUACUACACAGAGGCUUACAACUGUUCCUUGCUCACUUCUGCUUGCUCCAAGAACACAAAAAUUUGUACACUCAGAAUGUGGAAGAUUAAAGUGGUUGAGAAAUCUAAAGUUGCUUUACUUGAAAUACCAACUGAAAUGACGCAGAGGAGGCCAGAGGAGAGGUAUAUAUUCAGUAUCUCACCAUCCAAAACACACAGGCUCACAGGCUCCCUGCUGACUUUCUUGUGCUCAGGGAACACAGGAGUUCCUCUUCACACUAAAGUCACUAUGAGUUCACUCAAUGAAGCAAACACCAAGUUUGCACUUGAUCUGUUUCAAGCGUUAUGAAAAUCAAAAGGCGAUGUCUUCUACUCCCCUGCCAGCAUCUCAGCGGCAUUAGCCAUGGUCUACUUAGGGGCCAAAGGAAAUACUGCAAAGGAGAUUGAGAAGGUCCUUCACUUCAAUGAAAUCACAGAGAAGUCAACAGAAAAAACUCAAACCAAUCAGGGUGAAAAUUCAGGAAGUGUGCAUCUCCAAUUUCAAAAGCUUCUGACUGAGUGGAAUAAACCCACUGAUGCAUAUGAACUGAAGAGUGCCAACAAGAUCUACAAAGAAAAUAAUUGCCAAUUUCUUCAGGACUAUGUGGAUGACAUUAAGAAAUUUUACCUGGCUGACAUGGAAUCUGUUGAUUUUGCAAAUGCUGCAGAAGAAAGUCGGAAGAAAAUUAAUACCUGGGUGGAGAAACAAACACAUGAAAAGAUCAAGGAUUUAUUUCCUGAUGGGGCUCUUCAGAGUGACGUCAAAUUGGUUCUAGUGAAUGCAGUUUAUUUCAAAGGGAACUGGGAUCUGAAAUUUAAUGAAGAAAAUACUGUAGAAGGAAAAUUUUGGCUGAACAAGGAUACCAGCAAAUCUGUGCAGAUGAUGGAACAAAGCAACCAUCUCAAAUUUGCCUCCUUGGAAGAUGUGCAGGCCAAGAUGGUGGAAAUACCUUACAAAGGCAAAGCUCUGAGCAUGGUGGUGUUGCUGCCAAAUGAAGUAGAUGGCCUGCAGCAGCUUGAAGAUGGACUUACUGGUGAGAAAUUAAUAAAGUGGACGAGCCUACAAAAUAUGAAUACAACAAGGGUGAAUUUACAACUACCUAGGUUCAAAGUGAAAGAGAGCUACGACCUUAAAACCGUAUUGGAAGACAUGGGAAUGGUAAAAGCCUUCAGUCCACAACAUGCUGACCUUUCAGGCAUGACCGGAGUCAAGGGUUUAGUGGUAUCUAAGGUCCGGCACAAGUCCUUUGUGGAGGUUAAUGAAGAAGGGACAGAAGCUGCAGGUGCUGCUGGCGUUACAGUGGUUAAAACUUCAUCACGAGUAUAUCAAAACUUCCAUUGUGAUCACCCUUUCCUAUUUUUCAUCAAACAAAAUGAAAACAAUACCAUCCUCUUCUUUGGCAGAGUCUCUUCCCCUUAAACAUCAUUACUCUGUCACGCUUUGGGAAAAAAGUUCACAGAGUUGUUCCAAUAAAUUGAUGACUACAAAUAA